AUGCCCAUGCUCAUCUUCAACGAGCCCGAAUUCGGUCCAAUAUGGCCGCGUCGCAGUGGUCGUUUCGCUGCUUCACACAUCCCUGUCUUCAAACCUGAAGCCCGACGAGACCGACGAGCGAUAGCCGAUGCCACCCUCCCUCGAGAUCCACACAGUUCAGCCUCAGAGUCUGCUGCAUGGUUCGAACACAUGUACGGCUCCGCUCCGACCAACCGCUCUACCACCUUCAGCAGCAUCUCGUCAGCAUCAUGCAGCAGCAGCUCUAGCCCAAGUAUGGAUAAGGUCUGCAGUCAUGACCGCAUUCGUUCUUCUGAAACUGCUCGUCCCACCGACGCGGAAUCUCCCAAUCUUUGCAAUCAUAGCACCAUCCCGCAUCCCAAAGUCAUCAAGAUCAAGCCACCCUUCAAGUCGAAGCCGGGCGAAGAUGUCGACUUUGACAAUGUCUUUCUUGCUCAGGAGCUCCACGCUUCUUUGUCAUCUUCCGGUAGGAACGCAACAAUGGGAAACCUUUCCUCUCGUGUGCAGCAGGACUUAUCGACAACGCUCAGCGCCGAAAAGAGGCCAAAGCGUUCUAGUUGGGCAGCUGGGCGUUCCCCCUCAUCGCGCGCUAUCAAAAAUACAGCCCAGGUCAGCGCCGUGACCAACUCUAAUCCAGAUCAUGACACCGAGUGGCACGCGCGGAGGAGCAGGAUUGAUGGUCGGUUUAGCUUUGGCAGGAAUAGCACGACGGCCUUGUCGGCAACUUCGCGCUCAUCUGAUGUCGGUGACACUUUCCGGUCACGAUCGCGACGCUUUAACGGUGGAUUAGAGCCGCAUGGUGACACCAAGAGCAAGUCCAUCAAAUCCACUACGUCAAAGCCCCAAACAUACGCACUGCAGUUCUCGCUUGACGGUCGAUAUCUAGCAGCGGCUGGAUCUGACCACCUAAUCCGCUUGUACAAAGUCAUUUCUUCGCCGGAAGACCGUGCGGAUGAGAUCGAUCUUGCUCGGAUGCCCCACGAGAAGGAAUGCUGUCAUAGGAAGAUUUCACCUGCUUACUCACAGAGACCGUGCGCCUGGGGUCGAAACAGCACGAAGUCCGACGUGCGCGGUGUAGCCCCAGAGCUGGCUCCUAUCUUCAAGUCGAACCCCGUGCACGUCUUUGCUGGUCACACUGGUGACGUCCAGGACCUUUCUUGGAGCAAGAACAAUUUCCUUCUUAGCUGCAGCAGUGACAAGACUGCUAGACUAUGGCAUCCUGAUCGCAGCGACAGCCUUUGUACGUUUACAACAUCAGCUGUUGUCUCGUCUGUGGAUUUCCAUCCUGCCGAUGAUCGUUACUUUGUCACGGGUGGAUUGGAUGGCAAGUUGAGGCUGUGGAAUAUCACGGCUCGACGAGUGCAUUCGACCCAUGAUGUGCAUGGAUUCAUCACUGCGGUUGCCUUUUCGUCGAGUGGGGCUGCAGUCUUUGUGGGCACUCGCUCAGGAUCCCUGCUGGCUUUCGAGUGUACGGAUACGCUUCAAUAUGUCCGCGCUGUUACGGUUAAGUCCGCAAACAAGGGUUCGCAGGUUAGCAAGAUCACUAGUAUCCAGCCUAUCAAGCUCGAUGCUACCGAGUCUACUACUGAUUUAUCGGCCAAGUCUAGAGCGGAGUACAUAACGAUCACCUCGAACGAUUCUCGCGUACGCAUCUACUCGAUCAACUCACAACGUCUCGUCUCGCACUUCAAGGCUACCCGCUACAUCAACCGUACGAGUCAGAUUCGGGCUACUUCAUCCUCAGACUUCCAGUACAUCGUCUCCGGUAGCGAAGACGCAUCCAUUCACAUUUGGAGCGUGAAGAGCAAUGCCCCGCUCUCCGCCAACAUGUCAGCUGGGGUCAAACGCAACAAGUCAUUCCUGAGAACCCAGAGGGUCAAAGAGGAUAACAUAAAUUGGAGAUGUUGGGAGGCUGGAUCGGGCAGCGUUAGGUGUGCUGUCUUUGCCCCCGCUGCAACAGAAAAAUUGCUUGCGCUAGCUCAUGACCCCAUCUUAAAGGAUGGAGGGAAAGCACGAAUCGUUGUUUCGUCUGACGACUCGAAUAGCAUCAGAGUCUGGAGGAGCGAUCCUUUCGGCCGUUUCUUUUGA